AUGUGGCUGAACGAGCGAACUGGCGUGUUGCACCUUGACCACGAAGGCGAGACCUUGUGUGGCUCUACGGCGGCAGGUCUCAAGCGGGUUUUGACGACAGGGGUCGAGCACAAGCACUGUCAGAAGUGUGCCAAGCGGAGUUCGGCUCAGCAAGAGGUGCAGGCGCCGGCUGCUGAGGAGCCGGAGGAUCCUGUGGAGGACGGAUCUAUGAGCAUCUUGGACGUUGGAGUGGACAUGACCUCCAUGUCUCCUGGCCUGGAUUCGCUUGCCGGAUUGGAGCUUCCUUGGGUGGCUUCAGAGCCGCCGCAGUACAUUGUGAACCGAGAGAGCUUGAAUCUGAAAAUGAUUCACGAGGGUCUUGCGAGAGCCGCGACCCGCCAGACCCUGCUGUUCGAUCAGCUGGUGUCCCUGGCUCGCACGUGCACGGACGUGAAGGCCACUACGGGCAUUGGCCGUCGCGAGUACCUGACGUGGAGUGGGGCGGCUCCUCCUGGCUACGAAGGCAAGCAGUGCAGCGGUGCGACGCCGGAGCAUCCAGUCAAGAGGGCGCGCAAGGCCGAGAUGUUUGAGAACCUCGGGGUCGCCUUCAUGCAUCCAGUCACCCGAAGCCUGGCUCGCCACGGUGUGGCAAUCUGCAGCAUUCGCCUGACAACUACUGCCAGGCUGGGAGUGCUUCGGGCAAUUUGCACCGCCCUCCUGGACCGGCAAGCGCCGCAGUUGUCCGAGUUGUGCGUGAACUUUGAGCGGCAUGUUGCCGCAACUGCCCAGGACUUCGGGAUGGGAAAGGACGAGUGCGCUUCCUUGUUUGCUGAUGUGCUGCAGGGCACUUGUCCGGUGCAAUGGCUGGAUAAGCAUGGUGUCAAGGCUGCGACUGGCUCGGCUUUGGAGUUUUUGGAGUUGAUCCGGCUCGAGCUUUCGGAGAUCCGGUGCGCUGCCUAUGCGUCGACGUCUUCAAGCGUGUCGGAAUGGCUCGAAAAGCACAGCUCGGCGCCGGCGGUUCAUGCUCUGCUCUUCUUGCAAGACAAGGUGGAGAAGAAGAUUUUUAGCGCGUGUUUCUCGGCAUUGCGUGUCCAGGUCAGUGCAGGAGAAAGUGGAGUCUUCGAUCUGCAUUGUGCGCGAGAAGAUGCUCAGGAUCUGGUGGGGGUGCUCAACCGAGAGUUUCUACGUCACUUGGCAAAGCUGGAUACGGAGUCUUUUUACAAGGGCAAGGCCUUCGACUUGCUGCCUUUGCAUGAUCCGUGGCAGUUGGCGGCAAAGGCGUGGCCGCAUCUUGACUGGGAGUUGCCGGCCGUUAUGCCCUGGAGAGAACUCGCCGAGCUUCGGCAGAGCUGCAGAGAUCUGGUGAAAGCGGGCAAGACGGCAGAGCACAAGGCCGUGUUCAGCGAGUACGUGCACAGCUGCUUGUCGCAGACCUGCUAUGUGGACCCCGAUGACCAUCUCAGCUGCUGCGAGGUUUUCGACUCCCAGACAGGCGCCUGGGCAAAGGUUCCAGAAAAGGUCUUCGCGGAAACCGUCCUGCGUGCUUUGAAGAGCCUGGCGUUGCCGGGUGCCCGAUGCCAGAAGCCGUUGGAGGACAUACGCUUCGCCAGGAGCUUGACCGUGGGCAUCUUCACCUUGAUCUCGAAGCAGAAGCCCAUGGUGAAGUUGGACGAAGCAAACCAGCACCAGUUACUUUUCGCGGGUGGCAUGAUAUGGGACUUCUCGAAGAACGAAAGCUACAAGGCACAACCCCACCACCGGCUUGCGACGAGUACUCGUUGCCCCUUGGCUCCAUGGAAGCCCUCACGGGAAACGAAGAUCUUCAGGUGGAUCAUCGAGUGGCUGAUUCAAGCCAGGAAGGACAAGGAGUUCGCGAAGAGGGGACUGGAGGGCUCCGACUUGGGCCGUGCGAUCAUCGAGGAGUUCGAGUGGCUUGCCAAGGACGGUUGCGUCGUCCUGCAGGAGCAGCGUUCUCUGCUGGGAACCUGGACGAGGGUGCUCUUCAUGGAUCGCAACUACACGAUGACAGCGGCUCCCUUCCAUCUUGUUCAAGCCGCAAACAAUUUGUACGGAGCAUCUGGGGCCGGGAAAGAUGCCAUGGUGAGCCUUCUGUAUCGCAUGCUUGGCGGCUACGCCGUCACGCUUACAGGAGACAUGCUGGUCUCCGGGGCCAAUGUAAGCGGGCUAGAGGAAGCAUGCCGGAACAAGCGCAUGGUUGUGGGCUCCGAGUUGCGCUGCCAAAAGGAUCCGAGAACCGGCUUUCUGAAGCAACUUCUGGAGCGAGAAGGCCUCCCCGUUGCCGGCAAAGUUGCGCGGCAAGGAUUGCAGAACUGGUCCAGCCAGUGCUCUUUCUGGUUGACCUCGAACCACUUGUUGCCCUUCUGGAAGGACGAUGCCCUGAGCCUCAAGGUGAACUUGUGGACCUUUGACCAAGUGUUCGAUGCCGACCCCGUCGGGUACCAGGAGCAGGCCACCGACUUCAUGACAAGGAUCAAGCAGGGCGAGUUUCAUGGACAGGUGCAGUGGCUCAUCUUCGGCCUGUCCGACUCCCUGACUCAAGUUGCCAACCUCGGGAAUAGGAUCUUGCCGCGGCCUCAAGACAUGAACGAUGCCAUCGAUCAGCUGAUCCAGGAGACAAACCAGCGUCCGAAGCGCCUCCGUGAUUUCAUUCGAGAUCACUGUGUGUUGUCUUCCAGAGGCGACGGCACAGGCGUCGUGAUGUUCAAGCGUGUCGCCGCGAGCUACAUCGGUUGCUUGAGUGAAGAAGUGACGCCUGUGAUGGCUCGACUGGGCUUGCGGGGACAAUCUCGCGGCGCCUGCGCGACCUCGGACAACAGAGGCCUCGUUGUAAUGCUGAAGCGCGCCGACGGCUCAGAGACGGCCUUGAGGCUUCGCCCUGGCACCCUGGAGAGGUUCUCGAGCUCGAUUCCCUCAGCCCUCGCAGAGGUUUUGGAUGGGAACGAAGCUGCUGUGCCGGACCCGCUGGCGCAGAAGCUUGACCAGCUUUGGGUCGAUGACGACACGCAGACUGCUUUGCCAAGCGAAUCUGCCGCACAGGAUCUGGCCAUCGAGAAGCUUCGGAAGGCUUUCGGUGACUCGAAGGAUGCCUAG